AUGGGAGUAUCUCUUGUACUUAGUGGCAUUGGAAAACAACGGAAUAUGGAUCGAGUUGGGGUUGUGGGACCAUCCAGAAGGAAACUUGCAAGAAGUCGUAUCCCAGCCAUGGUAAGCAAAGUGCGGCGCCUUGCAAUAGGUCAGAUUCCAGGAACACAAGUCAGUGGCAAAAGCCAACCACGUGCCUCAGACAGAUUUGACAUCACUGAGCCUCACGUGUUGAUUUUUUGCCCAGAAGAAAGUUACAAAUCAUUACUCGCUAAGUUCGAACGACUCAAGCUCCCAGAGGACGAGGAGGCAUGCACUGAUGGAAACGGUAAUGUUGAGGUAGCUUUGUAUAAUAUAACGGACAAGUCAGCCGUAGACUGCAAGGAAGCACAUGGGACUUCCCAAAUAAUAGCUGAAUGGAAAACAAAACUUCUGGACGAGUAUAUCGUAAAACCUGAACUGCUCGAUCCAGGCGUUCGAGUGUUUGAUGUGACCUUGAAAUCAUAUGAUUCUCAGACGACCUUGGUUUGGAGAUUAAACCUUACCAUACAGCCGCAAGAUUGCGCUGAGAAGUCGGGGGUAGCUUUGUGCUCUGAGAAAGGGACCUGUGUUAGUGACGAGACAAAGAGGUCGUUCACUUGUCAGUGUUGUCCCAAUUUCGGUGGCAGCUACUGCGAGGAGUCGGGUGGUUGCCAUGGAAACCCAUGUAAAAAUGGUGGAUCGUGCUUGGAUACGACAGACGGAAUUAAAAGCAAUGACUAUCGUUGCCUGUGCCCUCACGGUUAUAGUGGAAGUUCGUGUGAAGACAAAAAAAGUCUCUGUGAUCACCAGCCAUGUUUGCAUAACGCCACCUGUCGGGAAAAUGAAACAGUUUACUGGUGUCAUUGUCCAGCUGGGUUUACUGGUCGCAACUGUGAAUCAAAAAUUAAUGAGUGUUUGUCAAACCCUUGUGUGCACGGAGUUUGUGAAAAUGGAGAGGAAUCCUUCACAUGUUACUGUCUACCAGGUUUUGGAGGUGAUCACUGUGAGUUUGAAUACGACGAGUGUGACUCAAACCCUUGUAUCAAUGGAGGGGCAUGUGAAGACCUGGUGGCUGGUUACAAAUGUCACUGUGGUCCAGGCUACCAGGGCAGACGAUGUCAAAUUAAAGUUAACCUUUGUAACCCUAACCCUUGCCCUAGUCCAGCUCAGUGUGUCGACAAGGGUAACAACUACAGCUGUAUCUGUAAUUCAAUAUAUAAUGGAGCAGGGUGCACGCAACAUUACAACCCAUGCUUUCCUAACCCUUGUCAGAACAGUGGGAGCUGCUGGCCAAGUCUCGAUACAUACUUCUGUUCCUGUCGCCCUGGUUACACAGGGAAUCUCUGCGAAGUACAAGUCCUGUAUCCAUCGAAAUCAUUGGGACGUACCCUUGAAGACGCAGCAGGAUAUAAAAAAGAUGACACACUCGUGGAUUCUGUGAACGUGCCGUUGGAUCAUCUCCACAAUAUUUACAUCGCCGCAGCCACCCUGGCUGGAGCCUGUUUGAUUGUGGUGUUCGUAGUAACCGUUUGUCAUUGUCGAGUCCAUAAGACUUACCAAAGACUCUUUACUGGCAGCUUACAUGGCGAUAUGUGCUCUGAUGCCAAGCGUCUGAGACGUGAAGACCCGGACAGAUUUUUACUGAGCCUGCGUGGUAGCGUUUCUAAUUUGCGUCCUUGUCCUGACGGAGUUUACGAGGCCACAACCAUUGACCUGUCCGAAAAUCUUGAUCGGCCACUCAUCGAUUCAUAGACUUUCCACUGUAUCUUGCUUUCCGUCUCAUUUUUCGUCCUUAAUCCUGUGAUGACGUCACAUCCAUUUAACCAGCCAGUGAAAGUAUUUUAUCGUAUAAAUAGUUAAUAAAAAAAAUCUCAUAAGUCAAAUGUUUUAUGAAACUGAGCUAAAGGUCACUUUUUUUUAACCCAAAGUGAUUUCAACUAUAUUUUAAAUGUUAACACAGACGACAGUUAUUAAUUCACUGGUUUUUCUCUUCGACUUUAACUUAGUAGAACUUUUCAACACCGCAGAAGUGACAAAUGAUUUGUUUUAAACUUGCCAUCAAGAAAUCGUAACAUAUUCCAUUCUUCUUCUUUAUGGGCUAGUAGUAUCUGAAAAUAUUUAAAGAUACCUUUUCAAUAUCCGACCUAGAUGUUGUAUCGUUGUUGUUAUUCUUGUUGUCUGGUAUAUAUUACCAAUAUUGUCUAUAAUCUUUAACCCACACUUGUAUGGAUGCCCUUCAUGGACUCCAAGACCUUUGUCGCCAUUAGCUACUAUCUUAGACUAAAAAUUAUUCUUUUUUUUUUUUUUUUUUUUUGGUUUACGGUUUUGGCCAAUAAUUAAAUUUUUUGUUUUUAUUGCAAAAUAUCAAAGUGUUCUAGGUUGAAUUAUUGUAUACAUUUAGUAAAAUAAAUUAGCAGCAGUCCUAAUAAGAUAAGUUUCUCAAAAAAAAACACCAUUCUCAGGAAAUGUUCCCUUUCUAAUGAAGAAGAGAUAUCUGCGGUUUGUUUUUCAUUAUUUAAUUUCUGUAGUGCAUAUUGGUGUAUAGAAGACAUAUUAAUACUAGAAAUAAACAAUUUAUAACACCAGAAUGUUGUUUUUAUUUAAUUAAACACUCAUCGUUUCGCUUUAUAGCUUCUUCAUUUGAAGCUCUGUACUGUCCGUUUCAGUUUGUGUUUUAGUGAACGUUCCUGAAGAAGCUGUGAAGCAAAACGUUGAGUGUUUGAUUAAAUAAAAACAACAUUUUGGUGUUAUAAGUGCGUUUAUUUCUAGUAUUAGCUGUUUGUUCUUGUUGCAAAGUAGAUUUUGUGGAUGAACUUUGGUACUUUAAGAGAUAACGAUUAGAGAUUCGUCAGAUAGAACACGUGACUUAGCUUGAGUUAAGAUAUGUUAGUUUGGUUCAUGUAUAUAAACAAAUAUGUUUUAAAAAUCAGUUACCUUGAUUGAUUUCUUAUGUUCGUGUAAAACGGGACUGUUCGGCUAACAAACUACUUUGUACCUGGGGAACAAACUUGUUUUUAACGGUAGAAAAAACAAACAAACAAUAACUUAAAAAAAAACAACACUUUGAAACAAACGAGUCACUUGUAUUAGGAUACGUUGGGUGUUUGUAAAUAUUAAAAAUCGCUUAUUACCUUGAUUAUGGUAAGUAAAAACAGUCAAACAUGAGGUAGAAAGUUACAAUGACACAUUUCUGAUUUAAUAAUCAACCAAUUUUAGCGUUUCAUAAAUCAUGUUUCACAGAAAUGUUAUUUAUUAAACCAUGUUUUGGAAUUUUAUAUUGUAGUAAUUUUAGAAGCAUUUCUUAUCCUUGCUUUUUUUACACGCUUUGCGAUAUGAUACUUUUCAAAUAAAUUAUUUGAACAACUUGUUUUCUCUGUAUACUGUGACAUAUUUGGAACGCAUGGUUAUCAAGCUGUGUUUAUCUCAAGUGGUGGGUCCACCACGUGUUGUUCAUCGAUAAUAAAGUGUUGUUAUUAUUGUGUU